AUGGCCCCUUUAAUCACAGAGGUGACGGUGGUGCCCCAUUGCGCCUCUGUCCUGCUCCAGCACAAAGGCCCAGGUCAGCCUCACAGCGGGAUGUUUGGAGACCGGAGGGGCCCACGAUACAAGGAGAGGGCGGUGGAGGGAAGGCCCAGUGAAAGCCCUGCUCCUCUGCAGGACGUCCCAGCGGCAGGCCCCUGCGCUGACUGA